AUGCAAACACCUGGUCCUCAUGCGCUCAAUCGCUCGAUGCAAAAUCUCUGGUCGACUCAUCGACGCAGCAAGGUUAACUUGAACACGCCUCCGACACCAGGAACGCCCCAAGAUGAAGUGCUGCCGCUCACCAAUCCGACGAACGGAGAACAGAAUCAGGAACGUGCGGAAGGUACAAGCACGGAUGUGCAAGCCAAAACCGAAGAGCCACCUGCACCUAUUACCUCCACUGCACCCAGCAGCACGAAGCGCAAGGUCCGAACAAGGACGGCGACAUCUGACGAUCCCAACAAACGCGCAAAACUGUCCUCUUCUUCAGCGUCAAAUGCGAAAUCAUCUGACAAGGACCACUCCCCUCCUACCACCCGUCUGUCAGACUUAGGAGGGGUAGGGGAUGCAGUGGAAAAGAUGCUAGAGCUGGUCGCCAUGCCGCUCUGCCACCCCGAGAUAUAUCUUCAUACGGGUGUUCAUCCUCCGCGCGGCGUGCUAUUGCAUGGUCCGCCAGGGUGUGGCAAGACCUUAUUGGCAAACGCCAUUGCGGGGGAACUCGGUGUACCAUUUAUCUCCAUAUCUGCGCCAUCGAUAGUGUCGGGCAUGUCCGGCGAGUCCGAGAAGACACUUCGCGACACAUUUGAUGAAGCCAAGAAACUAGCGCCGUGCCUCCUCUUCAUCGAUGAAAUUGAUGCUGUUACGCCAAAACGUGAAUCUGCGCAGCGCGAGAUGGAAAGGCGAAUAGUCGCACAAUUUCUCACCUGUAUGGAUGAUAUGUCUUGGGACAAAACAGACAAUAAACCCGUCGUCGUCAUCGGGGCGACCAAUCGCCCCGAUUCUCUCGACGCCGCUUUACGGCGUGCGGGUCGAUUCGAUCAUGAGAUUAGUAUGGGAGUACCGGAUGAGGAGGCGAGGACGCAGAUUUUGCGUGUUCUAUCGUCAAAACUGCGCCUCGAAGGCUCCUUUGAUUUCUCUGCUCUCGCCAAAGCGACUCCUGGAUACGUCGGGGCGGAUCUUGCGGCGUUGACAGGCGCGGCAGGGAUUGUCGCUGUGAAGAGAAUAUUUCAGCAGUUGAGCGAGGGUACCUUAGUGCUACCGGAAGCAGCGAUUGCCGCCUUUACGAACGGUGCGGAAGACGAAUCCAUGAACGUUGACCGAGACCAAGACAUUUCGGGUCACGCCACGUCGAUACCGCUCGUGGGCCAGGAGCCGGCGACCGAAGAACCUCCUCGGCCAGCCCCUGCUCCGUCCGCGGCACGUCCAGCGCCGAGCGGGAAGCAUAUUCCCUUCGCCAACCUCUCUCUCCCCUUGCCAUCACCGGGAUCAUCCAUUCUCUCCUUCCUCCAAGCCCACCCGGACCCGCUGACCGAGGCGCAGCUCGCACCACUCUCCAUCACGCUCGCUGACUUUCAAGAGGCGCUCACCCAGGUCCAACCCUCCUCCAAGCGCGAGGGUUUCGCAACCGUCCCGGACGUGACGUGGUCCGACGUCGGCGCGCUGCAUCAGACACGGGAAGAACUCCACAUGGCGAUUGUGCAGCCCAUCAGGCGGCCCGAGCUUUUCAAGGCGGUAGGGAUCGAGGCGGCCUGCGGUGUGCUGAUGUGGGGCCCGCCCGGGUGCGGAAAGACGCUUUUGGCUAAGGCGGUCGCCAAUGAGAGUAGGGCGAACUUCAUCAGCGUCAAAGGGCCCGAGCUGCUGAACAAGUAUGUUGGCGAGAGCGAACGGGCCGUUCGACAGGUAUUCUCAAGGGCACGAGCGUCUAGCCCAUGCAUCAUCUUCUUCGACGAACUGGACGCGCUCGUACCGCGCCGAGAUGACAGCCUGUCCGAAUCGUCCGCACGCGUCGUGAACACAUUGCUCACUGAGCUGGAUGGUCUGGACGCCCGCAAAUCCGUCUAUGUCAUCGCGGCCACUAAUCGUCCGGACAUGAUCGACCCUGCAAUGUGCCGGCCGGGACGGCUCGACAAACUCUUAUACGUCGAUUUACCGUCGGAGGAGGAGAGGGCGGAGAUCUUUAGCGCCGUUGCAAGGAAGUUGCCACUCGGGGAUGGAGUGAGGGACGAGUGCCUGAUGAUGGUGAAGGAGGAGUGCGACGGAUACAGUGGCGCCGAUCUCACCGCCCUCGUUCGCGAGGCUGGUGUCGUCGCCCUCCGGCGAACUCUAGGCACUUUCGAUCAGAUGGAGACCUCCGGUGCUUCGGUCUCGUCUCCUCCGGGGGAAAUCCACGUGCUGGUGACCGCGGAGGAUUUCAGGACGGCGUUGGACAAGGUGCAACCGAGCGUGAGCGCCGCGCAGAGGCGAAGAUACCAAGCUCUAAGGAGCAAGUUCGCUGGGUUACCGGUACGAAUCGGCAAAGAAGAGGAGGAUAAAAGAGUCGAUGGUGCGGCAGUCAGCUCAGGAUGAGGGGGCCUCAUCAAACUCAAAUCCUUUCACCCUCCGGAUCCGAAGGGACACAUGCAUCCAGUCAUCUACAUUGACCCCGACGGGCUCCCAGAGGACCUGGCUACGUAUUUGUGUCCGCAACGUCGACGUGUUCGCCAACCCCUGCGCCGUUCCCAGGGGAUUCGUUCAUUGGCAACGGCAAGAGACACAGCAUAAAUCACCGCAAGCGACGCAGGCCUAUCCGACUUCGCGCUUCCGGUGGCUUUCUCCUGGUAAUUACAUCUUGAACUCGACUGUUCUGUCGGAUGAUUCGUAGUUCUGGUUUGAUGGGCCCAAACUGUAGUCUGUAGAAGGCUGCAGCAUACACCUGUGUGGAACUUGUAAGGCGGCUGUCAAUUGUUAGUCUAGGGAUGCAGAAAC